GUCCCUCCUGGAGCCGCCGACGUCAGCAACAGAAUGGUAACAUUGUGCCGUUACUGAGGUUUGGAGUUUAGGAGACGCGUCAAUCAGUCUGGCGGCCCCUGGGCGGUCGGGAACAGGAGGAGGGCUAUCGGCCUGGGCGACUGGCAGAGACUCAUACACAUCUGGCCCUAACCGCUCACCGGCCUGCUCGGCCCCACGGGACCCACGCCUUACCUCCAGAGCGCCAUAGACGCAGCACCACGGCCUCUCACGCGGGGCAGCCGGGGCGGGCUCGGGGCGCUGCCACAGCGCUGGGCUUGUAAACAGAUCUGGCUGCACGUGACCAUGUGAACUACCUGCUCUAGGGAAGCGUAUUGUCUGUCUUUCCCGCGAGCUGCUCCACAAAGGAGUGCGGUGGGUCCGAGUGCGCAGGGACAGGCAAGCAAGCGAGGAGAGCCGGCUGGGACGCUAAGAUGGCUGAAGGCGUCCGGCGAGGGUGAGCGGGGGGCGCGGCGCAGCCAGCCGGUGAGUCCUCAAGCGGGCAGGACGAGCGUCGCCUCUCCGGCGGCCUGGCGUUGGAGCCACCAUGUCGUUCGCGCUGGAGGAGACGCUGGAGUCGGACUGGGUCGCCGUGCGGCCCCAUGUGUUCGAUGAGCGCGAGAAGCACAAGUUCGUGUUUAUUGUGGCCUGGAACGAGAUUGAGGGCAAGUUUGCCAUAACCUGCCACAACCGGACGGCCCAGAGGCAGAGGAGCGGCUCCCGGGAGCAGGCGGGAGCACGAGGGGGCGCGGAGACCGGCGCAGCAGCAUCCGAAGGGACUCGGGGGCUGGGCAGCCCCGCGGGCAAGGGGCGGCCGGAGGCCACCGGUUCUACUACUCUGGGGAGAAGCCCAGGGCCACGGAGGAGCCCAGCCUGGGCAGAGGGAGGUUCUCCCCGGAGCGCGCGCAAUGUUCGGGGGGAAUCACUGUUGCGGAGCUCAGCCGGCAAAGGAGCAGAGAGCUCUCUCAGGAGCCCAGUGCGGGCCAAGUCCAGCCCUGUCCGGAAGGGAUCUGAAGGCAGAGAUGUGGCGGGCAUCUCCGCAGCGUCAACCCCGGCGGCGCCCAGGGAGGCCCGGGUGUCCUCUGUGCGGGUAGUGAGUGCCUGUGGGGCAGUUUCUGAGGAGAUCGAGGUCCUGGAAAUGGUGAGGGAGGACGAAGCAGCUCCGGUCUCCCAGUUGCUUCCCGACACGGAGCUACAGCCACCCGUGGGUGAACUGGAGUCCACGGCCGAAGAGUGCAGUUGGGCCGGGCUCUUUUCCUUCCAGGAUCUACGCGCUGUGCACCAGCAGCUGUGCUCGGUGAACUCGCAGCUGGAGCCUUGCCUGCCCGUCUUUCCCGAGGAGCCCUCGGGCAUGUGGACCGUGCUGUUUGGGGGGGCCCCUGAGAUGACUGAACAGGAGAUUGAUACUCUUUGUUACCAGCUCCAGGUCUACCUCGGUCAUGGCCUGGACACCUGCGGUUGGAAGAUCCUCUCCCAGGUACUUUUCACUGAGACCGAUGACCCCGAGGAGUAUUACGAAAGCCUUAGCGAGCUGCGGCAGAAGGGCUAUGAAGAAGUGCUUCAGCGAGCUAGGAAGCGCAUCCAGGAGCUCUUGGAUAAGCACAAGAAUACAGAGAGCAUGGUGGAGCUUCUGGACUUGUAUCAGAUGGAGGAUGAAGCCUACAGCAGCCUUGCAGAAGCCACAACUGAACUCUAUCAGUAUUUACUGCAGCCAUUCCGAGACAUGAGAGAACUUGCCAUGCUACGAAGACAGCAGAUCAAGAUUUCCAUGGAGAAUGACUAUCUGGGUCCACGAAGAAUUGAAAGUCUACAAAAAGAAGAUGCAGAUUGGCAGCGGAAAGCUCACAUGGCUGUGCUCUCUAUUCAAGAUCUUACUGUCAAAUAUUUUGAAAUAACAGCUAAAGCUCAAAAAGCUGUGUACGAUCGAAUGCGAGCAGAUCAGAAGAAAUUUGGUAAAGCAUCUUGGGCAGCAGCUGCUGAACGUAUGGAAAAACUCCAAUAUGCAGUUUCUAAGGAGACUCUGCAGAUGAUGAGGGCUAAGGAGAUCUGUUUGGAACAGAGGAAGCAUGCACUAAAGGAAGAGAUGCAGAGUUUGCAGGGUGGUACAGAAGCCAUAGCCCGAUUGGAUCAGUUAGAAGCUGAUUAUUAUGAUCUGCAACUUCAGUUGUAUGAAGUACAGUUUGAAAUCUUGAAGUGUGAAGAGUUACUAUUGACAGCACAACUGGAAAGCAUCAAAAGACUUAUAUCAGAAAAGAGAGAUGAAGUGGUGUACUAUGACACUUAUGAAAGCAUGGAGGCCAUGCUGGAGAAGGAAGAGAUGGCAGCGUCGGUGCACUCACAGAGAGAAGAGCUGCAGAAACUUCAGCAGAAAGCACGCCAGCUGGAAGCAAGACGUGGACGGGUUUCAGCCAAGAAAGCCUACCUCAGAAAUAAAAAGGAAAUUUGUAUUGCAAAACACAAUGAAAAAUUCCAGCAGCGCCUUCGGAGUGAAGAGGAAUAUAGAACCCAUCACACAGUACAACUAAAGAGAGAAAAAUUACAUGAUGAAGAAGAAAGAAAAAGUGCCUGGGUUAGCCAAGAAAGACAGAGAACACUGGAUAGACUUCGAACUUUUAAACAGAGGGGAAGGGAAGGAGAGAGGGAGAGAAAUAUCAAUCAAUGUAUGGUUGCCUCUCAUACAUCCCCUGCUGGGAACUGGCCUGCAACCCAGAGGCACCCAGGUCAAGUUAUACUUAAAUCAACCAGAUUGCGACUGGCUCAUGCAAGAAGAAGGAGUGCCACCAGUCCUGUGCCCUGCGAGGACCAAUGUGACUCUGUACCAGGAGCGCUGCAAGUAGAAGAGAAAAGUGCAGAGGUAGAGGAAGGAAGAGGCAAGCUUGGGUCAUCACAGAAAACAGAAGCCCAAAGCCUCGUACAGCUCAAAGAUACUUCAUUAGUACAACUUGAAGACACUUCAUUACCUCUCGGUGGUGUUACCUCGGAACUGUCUCCCACUGUUUCUCUUUCACUUUUGAAUAAUAAUGACCUUGAACCAGGUUCUGGUACCACAGAUCCACUCCCACCACCUCUUCCUCCAACACCACCUCCCCCACCACCACCUCCUCCCCCUCCACCACCACCACCACCUCUGCCUGUUGCUAAGGACAGUAUCCCAGAGACACUGGAGAAAGGUCUGCCUGGAAUGGAGGGGACUGAGAAGAGGAUCCCUAAGUCUGCAAGUGCCCCUUCAGCACACCUCUUUGAUAGUAGCCAGCUGGUCAGUGCCAGGAAGAAGCUCAAAAAGACUGCUGAAGGUUUGCAGAGAAGGAGAGUGAGCUCACCUAUGGAUGAGGUGCUAGCUUCCUUGAAACGUGGUAGUUUUCAUCUGAAAAAGGUUGAACAGCGAACUCUGCCUCCUUUUCCUGAUGAAGAUGAUAGUAAUAAUAUCUUGGCACAAAUAAGGAAGGGGGUAAAAUUGAAGAAGGUGCAGAAGGAAGUUUUGAGAGAAUCCUUCACGCUGCUGCCUGACACAGACCCUUUAACACGGAGCAUCCAUGAAGCUCUUCGAAGAAUCAAAGAAGCAUCCCCUGAGUCAGAGGAUGAAGAGGAGACUUUGCCUUGCACAGAAUGGGAAAACUAACAAGUGACUCAACAGAAAGAAAAAUAUCUGCAGUUGAAGAUCGAUUCAUAUUCUUUUGGAAAACAAAUUUUAAGCACUUUGGUCUACAAUUGGAUUCCAUUAGAUCCAAAAUGUAUUGGCUCAGUGGUGUGAAAAAAAAAGGAAGCACAAUUGGCAAGUUACCACUUUUCCAGUCAUUCCAGUAGAUGUUGGAAUGUUAGAUGUGGAUGCCCCUGACUACAGUGAAGAAAAGGCCUUUCAAGGAGAUUCUUGGGUUGUUGUUUUUUUUAAAACCACCUUCCCCUCCUGUCCACCCACUUACAUACUUGUAGUGGCCAGUAAAGCUAGUGGUCAUUAUGAGUUGGAAGAACACUGGUUGACAGAGGUCUACUGUGAGCUGUAUCGGGACUGCAGUGAGUAGUCAGUCAUCCGCUUGAAAAUUACAGAGCUCCUUCCCUGUCAGCUUAUAUAAGUAAGUAGUGUGACACUCUGAAAAAGAAGUUCAUCUUGAUAGCUAUAGGACAGGAAUUGAAAGAAAAUCAGAGAGAAAUAUAUCUGAUGAAAAUUUCCACAUUAUUCAUCUCCAAAGGAAUUUUCAUAAAGAUGUUAAACAACAUCUGGAAAGAUAUAUAACUAUGGAGAUACAUCUGUUAAUGUAUUUACCGCAAUAUGAUACAUUUAACAUGGCAUAUUUUUAGAAGACCACACACUCUUAUACUUUGUAAGUUUUCAAAGAAAAAAUUCCCAUGCUUUUAAAUAGCUCUUCAUAAUUGUGAAUUUAUAAUAGUUUGAAUUUUGUGUGCAGCUUUGUUUAUGAGAAGCAAUAAAUAUUUCAAAUUAUUUUUA